AUUUGUAUCAAAACAUAAUUAAAGAAGAAGCCUUGCGGCAAAUGCAUUUCCUCGACGUCAGCACACAGUUCAUUGUCUGCGGGUGAGGGAGCCUUUAACAUAAAUACAAUCGAAAUCUUCCCGAAUUUCUUCUGAAGUCUAUUACGGAGUUAUACUGAAUUACUAAUGUCAUGUCAAUUAUAUUAUUUAGGCCAGUUUCGCUUUAUGAGAUCUGUCCUUCGGUAUCGUAAUGGUUUGAAUUGUAGUUUGAAUUCACCGCCGCGCUCCUUACCGCUGUGCUCCUAGCGUCCGUUUUUGAAAGUUGAAAGAGCUUUUUUAGAUCAUGCCUAGAUGGCGCUGGCUUACAAUACUCUUCCGUGCCUCUUCGAGGACAGGACGCAGCGCAUUCAUCUACCUACCGCGGAAAGACUUAAAAGGAGAAGUGCUAUUAUUCCUCCAUCUGUCUGCAGAAGCUCGUCGCAGACGGAGAGACGGCCGGCAUACUCGCGCUGCUACGCUGUUUCGAAAUCGCAGCUGCUUUGCUUCUCCUGACUGUUCAGCUUUCUGCUGCUCUGUAAGUCCGGCAUUUCUUAACGAGCACAGCGGUAGCGAUCGCCGCGUCUAACCGUCCUUCGGCAAGAACGAGCCUGAAUUUGUUUAAAUCGAAAACCAGUACAAGCGAUGGGCAACACAGACGGCAGUGAAAGUCGCGAGCGCUCCGACGCGACUACGGACGACUCGGUGACUCCGGACCUGCGCGCCGACGUGCUGCCUCCGCGGAAGGUGUUCUGGGAUCCCGUGCAUGGCCAAAUCUCGUUGCACCCGGUGUCCGUAGCCGUGAUCGACACACCCGAGUUCCAAAGACUGCGGCACAUUCGCCAGCUGGGGCACGUAGCCUACCUUUACCCGGGCGCCUCGAACAGUCGCUUUGAGCACAGCCUCGGCACGGCUCAUCUGGCUCGAGUGUUGGGCGCGCAUCUGCGCGAUUGUCAGCCUGAGCUAAAGCUCAGCGACAAGGAAUUGCUGUGCCUCGAAUUGGCUGGCCUGUGCCACGACCUCGGACACGGCCCAUUCUCGCACUUCUGGGAGCAUUUCUACCGGCGCGGCGCUCGUGACAGAGGCCUGAAACCUCGAUGGACGCACGAGGCCAUGUCUUGCAAGAUUCUCGCGCACUUGAUCGAUGUGAACGGACUGGACCGGACGUUCAGCGCGUGGGAGGCGAAAUGGCCCGGUCAAGGCCUGACAGCAGACGACGUCAAGUUCGUGCAGGGACUCAUACUGGGUGACACAAAUGGCGUCGAACCUUCCCGAUGGUUUCUCUUCCAAGUGGUCAACAACCGCGACUCCGGACUGGACGUGGACAAGUGGGACUACUACUUGCGCGACUGCCACGCCGUCGGUCUGGCCUGUGGCUUCCAGUUCCAGCGGCUCGUGGGCAGCGCGCGCGUCGUCGAGCACGAGGGCUUCACGCACAUCGCGUUCCGCGACAAGGAGCUCAACAACGUGUACGAGAUGUUCCGCAUGCGCAGCACUUUGCACAACAACGUGUACCACCACCAGAUGAUCAGCAUAUUCGAAGCCAUGAUCUGCGACUCUCUGCAGCUGGCGGACGAAAAGGUGGCGUCGGCCAACGGCGGCGGACGUCUGCGACUGUGGUGGACGACGCACGAGGCCGGACAGCCGGACGCCAGCCCACAGCAGGUCGAAGCCUUCGUCGCGCUAACCGACGCCUGGGUUGAGCUCUCCGUGCGCCGCGCCGACGCCAAGCAGCAGCCCGAGGUGCUACGAGCGCAGCAGCUGUGGAGGGCGCUCGAGACCCGGUCGCGCAAGCCCUGUCCGCUGUACCGCUUCCUAGGCAGCGUCCCCAAGAGCGACGACGGAGGGGUCGGUAGCAGCGAGGAGACGCUGCGCGAGGCCAUUAUGGCGGCGCUUCCGGAGGACGUCAAGCCAAAGGUGGAAGACCUCGUCGUCGAUCUGGUCAACAUCCACUGGGGCUGCGGCGAAGAUGACCCGGUGAAGAAGGUGCUCUUCUUCCGCAAGGCCGAGCCGGAUCGAGCGUUGAGCGCCGAACAGCUGCGCGUUCAGUCCUCAGUGCUGCCGUCACGUUUCCAAGACGCGCGCUGGAACGUGCUGCUUCGUGCCCCGGGCAAACCGGGCUUAGACGAGCACGUCGAGCGUUGCCUGAAAGCACUCCAGCUCCAGGAGUAAAUGGUGCUGUGGGCCGAAUCUGCUACCGUAAUGUUUCGUACGCGGCCCCUUAAUUCACCUGUUACUCUGGAAUGCCGGUAAACAUACGGUAUCUCUGCGUUCGAUUCACCCUAUACGUCACGCGGCUCGUCGCGACGCGGCCGAGCUGGCCGAGCGCCGCAAGCUGCUGGCAACGUCGCUGCUGCGAUGACCAUGCAGUCUCGAUUUCUGCCUCCUUUCCACUUCGUGUCUAGUCUCUCUUGGACCGAUUGUGAGCGUCGUUAACUCAGGUGGUAGUGCGUCCGUAACGUAUUUGUUUCGCUAUAGUUCGAUCAUUUUAGCCUAGCGCUCGUGUCCAGAUGUUCCGCCACACAUUGUCGCGUGCGAAUUCAAGAAUAUAAAUGAUCUGUGAAGAAUGCGCGUACCCCCUCUCCCUUUUUUUUCUUUCUUUUUUGACCGUGCGGUAGUAAAUGUGUGGUAUAGUAUUAGCGUCAAGAUGUCGUUGCUCCAUUUGUGGUUAUCGUCCUUGAGAACUUUAUUUACAUUCCGUGGAAAGUGGUGGAAAGUGACACAGAUUUGAACACAGGUGUGCGAGUUUAUGUGUGUUUAUGUGCUUACGAAGUAAGUUCUCGUCACCGACGAAGCGCCUUGCGUGAUACCUGGAACAAAAAGUCUCGCGGGUGUUCCUUUUGACGGGUCAUAGAAGAGGAAUGUGAUACACGAAGUGGCCGGAUCGGGCGCUGCGAGCCCGCGCGGCGUCAUAGGAUGAAGGAUAAGCUCGACUGAAGCAGCCAAACAGCUGCGUCACUCGUAUCGACACGUAUACACGGCUCAUGACUAUCUCAUUUUAAUAUAUAUGUUCCAAAGAAGGAAAUAAUUUAAUAUAUACUUAUAAGAGUUUUUAUAUGUAACACUUGCGUAAUACUCUUACAUAGGAAUAACAAUUAUACAGAACGAAUAUAUAAGUGCUUAAGGUGUCUUUCCAAGCCGUUUGUGUUCAUAUAUACAAGGUGUGCCGGUGAUUAUUAUCCCUCGCUGUUAAAACAAAAACGUGAAUUCGAGAACCCCAAGACAAUAAUAUCUACCCUUCAGAAAUCGUAGUUGCGGCACAAAUCGGAAGCAUAUGCAAUAUUAUUCGAAACGUUCAAGUGAAUCUCUCCACUUAACAUUUCUAAUUGGUUUCUCUUAUUAAUGUACAUGUAACAAGUGCGAAAUUGAAUGUGUCCUGAAGUAUAUAUAUAUACCUCGAGUUUACGUGCUGGACAGUUCGUACGAAAAUGAUUGUAAAAGCUUGGAGAAAGUCUGAGGGGAUACACCUUGAACCCGGAGCUAUAGUCUCGGGUUUCGUGCCAAGGGGGACAUCAUUUCCGCAUUUACCAAUGUGCAGCUUACGCAACGUGGGAACGAAUUCUAAUUCUUAAUUGCAGUUAAUUAGAUCUUAUAGUUUCGCAUAUCCGCCGCUAUCACUAUUGGAGUCCUUUCCUCCCCCCCUCCCCCUAAUUAGAGGGAGUCAUCGGUCAAAUAAACUAGUUGUGAAGAGCUCGCCAGUUUCAUAGGGCGACCGCGGUGCUUGGACUGCGUAUAUUUACGCUUGUAAUUUUCCAGUCUGAUGGAUGUCUUUCACCGGCUUGUGCAAUCGAAACCCCGAGAAAGCAUCGUGGGAAACUUGUCAGCUGGCGCAAACGGUCGAGGUCAGCUGCAGGCUCGCGCUCUCUGCGACGCGCGGUUACGGCAGACAUGUAGACACGACCGUGUAGUAUUUGUGAAAAGUGAUCGGCUGUCUGAAACCGGGGGUUUCUCUGUGUUGUUGUUGUUGUUGUUGUUGUUGUUGUUGUUCUUUGUGACCUCUGCUUGCGUAAUAAAGUUCCAUUAGCGAAAAU